AUGUCAAACCAAACGUCAGCAAAAAAUUCAGUCAUUGAGUUGGUUGAAAAAGCAGUUCAAGAGAGACAUAUACAAAUGUUUCUUAGAAUGUCCCAACACAGCAAGCCAAACUGCAAUCAUCUGAAAAACUUGAUGGAAGAUCAAGAAAAGAACAUGUGCGUCAACCUGGCAAUCUACCAAAAACUGUUGCUGAAAAAGGCUGUUAUUAAGAUAGCCAGCGAAUUAGAGAGUUAUGAAAUAGAUAUGGUGAUAAAGCAGAUGUGGAAAGCCCUAAUCAACCAACUCAACAGACAACUGAACAAACUGCUACUCGAGGAAAAGAUAAUACUGCAAAUCAGCAAACUCACCGGCGAUAUGAUCAAAACGCUGAUCGACAAAAUGAUUAACGAGUUCAUCAGUGAGAUUAACAUUCAGCCGAACAAUCAAUACAUCUAA